GAGAGAGAUCUAGAGAGAGGACAUAUGUGUGUGUGUGUGUAAGUGUGUAUAUAUUAGAGGCUAGCUAGGAUCAUCAGUGGACAGAAAGACAUAUAUCAGAAAUGGGCAAAGGAAGAGCUCCAUGCUGUGAUAAGAACAAGGUGAAGAGAGGACCUUGGAGCCCCCAAGAAGAUCUUAAGCUCGUCACCUUCAUCCAGAAACAUGGUCAUCAGAAUUGGCGUUCCCUCCCCAAGCAAGCAGGGCUUCUUCGAUGUGGAAAAAGCUGUCGUCUGAGAUGGAUCAACUACCUAAGGCCUGAUGUGAAGAGAGGAAACUUCACAGAAGAAGAAGAAGAAACCAUAAUGAAGCUUCAUGAGGUCUUAGGAAACAAGUGGUCAAAAAUUGCGUCCGAGUUGCCUGGUAGAACAGACAAUGAGAUCAAAUGUGUGGCACACCCAUUUGAAGAAGAAAUUAUUAUCGAAGAACAGUUCAGAUAAUAAUAUUAACCUGUCCACUAGCACUGAUCAGUCCAAGCAAGAAUCAUGCAUAACCUCUUCUUCGUCGUCUUCCUCAACUGGA